UUUUAUGGUACAAUGUCUGUAAUUGUAAAGAUAUUAGCUAUAAGGCCUGCGGUAUACUAAAAUCUAAAGCGAACAAUCCAUAAUUCCUAUAUAAUAUUACAAAUAUGGUAGUUCAAAUUUGCUUUUUUAUUUAUAUGUUUGUAAUACAAUUGGAGCCGAGGAAAACAGCCAACGACAGAAGUUUGUACCAUUGCAAAUUUGAGCAGGCUUUUUCUAUGCUUUUAUAUUGUCUUUACGAUAAGCUGUAACGGGUUAAAAAAAAAAACUCAAAUCAAUGUUUACAGAAAAUAGGGUCCUGUGGACGCUCUUAGCAUUAGAACCACAGUAUUAUAACAUCCUGCAACCCAGUUAGAAAAUGGCACAGGUAGCAGCUGGGGAAACUCCGCAUUUAUUUUUCGCUUUUCACACGUCUCAGUACCAGCACAGAUAAAUUCAAGGGAACGGGCAAGCAUGGCAUUCUAGGACAAACUGCAGGAUUUCACAGAGAGAAGUACACACGGUGGACUGUGUCGUUUUGAAAAUGGAUCUGAAGAGUUUACUGAGAUGCUGCUUUGUACUGUUCUGCGGCCAGAGCUUUUCUCUGGGAUGCCGGUGGGUUCGGUACCGGUAUAAAGAUGUGAGCCGGGAGAACCUCCAACUCCUAGCAAAUAUGGGUGGAGAGUUUGUGAGAGAGAAAGUGAACAUCCCCUUCCCAAACGAAGUGUACUCAAACGCCAGACAUUCACAGAUGGGAGACAGUAUUUCUAUUCUAUACAAAGCCAUUCGUCAAAUCAGGAAGCUCUACAGCAAAGAUAUGAACAGUGUGACCUGGGACAGUGUGAAACUGGACCAGUUUAAAUCCAACCUUCACCGCACGACUUCCGAGCUUGAGCCAUGUAUGCGAGAGAUUACCUAUUCUGACAGCACGGGGUCUCAUGGGAAAGAGAACAGGAGUCUGAAGCGUCACUUUAAGAAACUGGAACAUUACCUGAAAACAAAGGAUUACAGCGCGAAUGCCUGGGAGGUUGUCAGAACCGAAGUAUGGAAACAUUUGCAAAGGCUCGAUCUGCUGACGACCGCCAUGAGGACGAGAACGAAUGCUUAAAACAUUGAAAAGAAACACAUCCCCUUGCAAAAUUUAUUCAUUUGACUGUGCCACAGAUCAAUAGUUUUGUAGCUCAUUUUUAAAUGAGAAAUUAUUCACUCGUGCUGUUUUUUUUAAAGUGAAAAUCAUUCCAUGUAGCUUAUAGGAGUGGGAUGCCAUGUUUAAUUCGAGUGUUCAGUUACCUUAACUUAUGUGGUGUUGCCAAACUGUAUUUAGUGGGAUCAACAAAACUUGAACAUAAAAAUGCAGCUUUAUUUAUUUAUUUAUUUACUUAUUUUAUUUAUGUAUGUAUUUAUAUAUGUACGUUUAAAUAUAUGUGUGCCUAUUUAUUUAUGUAUUUAUUUAUUCAUGUUUUUAUUUAUUCCUGAAUGAAGUAAAUGUAUUGAGAAUUGUGCAUUUGUCUUACCAGUUAUUUAUGUGACC